CGGGUUUCCCCGAGUAAGCGAUGCCAGUGCCCGCCGGGAGGCUGCGGGCGGGAGGGGACGUCCUGCUGUCCCCGACGGGCUGCGGGGAGCCCCGGGGACAGAGCCGGGGGGGACUCCCGUGAGGGUUCGGGGGGGGACACGGCGGAGGUCCCCGCGCCCGGGAUCCCGGCAGCUCCUCGCCGGGUCUCCCUCGUUCCGCACCCCCCGCUCCGGGCGGGGGACCCGGGGCAGAGCCUCUCCCCGGUACCGGGGGUGCGGACAGGACGCGGGUGCGGGGCUGGGGGUGCUCGGCGCCUCACGGUUCCCCCCCGCGGCGGGGCGGGCCGGGGGCGGGGAGCCCCGGGGAGGCCCGGGCGGAGGAUCCCGCCCACCGGCCCCGCCGCCGCCGCCGGCUCCGGGCCCGCCGCUCUGCGCGGGGCGCGGCCGCUCCGGCCCGGGGCGCGGGGCCGCGCACGGCAGAUGUGCCAAGUCCAUCUGAAACCACCGCGGGUGAGAGCUGCGGGGCCGGCAGCCCCGUGGCUACAGCAGUGCGGCACCAUGCCUGCGUCAGCAUGGGUCCUGCUCCGCUCCGUGACCAUGUGGCUGCUCCUGCAGAGCCUCCUCCUGGCCUCCCACCUCCGCUCAACCGCAGCGUUCCCCAAGGGCUGCUACCCCUCGGAAGAGGAGGGGCUGAAGACGUUCCGCUGCAGCAACGCUCGGCUGACCGAGGUCCCCAGGGACAUACCCAACGACACCAACAAGCUCUACCUGGACUCCAACCGAAUCCCCUUCCUGCCCCGCGAUGCCUUCCGGGACCUGCCGCUCCUGCUGGAGCUGGAUCUGUCCCACAACGCCAUCGCCAGCGUUGAGAGCGGAGCUUUCCGCGGCCUGGCAGAGCACCUUCACUCUCUGGACUUGUCUUCCAACAGGCUGGUGUCUGUCAGCAAAGAUGCUUUCAGCAACCUGAAGGCCAAGGUCAACCUCUCCGACAACCCCUGGCUGUGUGACUGUAGGCUGCAGGAGCUGAUCCGCACGGUGGACCUGGCGGCCGGCUCCUCGGGCGGCAUCGUGUGCGACUCCUCCACACAGGAGGAGCACGUGGGCAAAGCGUUUCUGCAGGUGAUGGCCGACACGGACUUCUGCAACGUGUACAAGAAGACCACAGACAUCGCCAUGCUGGUCACCAUGUUCGGCUGGUUCGCCAUGGUGAUCUCCUACCUGGUCUACUACGUGCGGCAGAACCAGGAGGAUGCCCGGCGGCACCUUGAGUAUCUCAAGUCCCUGCCCAGCAAGCAGCGGAGGUCAGAGGAGUCAUCCACCAUCAGCACUGUGGUGUGAGGCACCGGCGUCCUGCAGGACACGGCUCGCCAUGGCUGCGAGGAGCUGUCACAGCCCGCUGUCAUCGCACAGAAACAGUCAUGGAUUUGUUCUGUUCUCCUUGGGGAAGCAGCGUCAGGCAGCGGGAGCCACGGCCAGUGAGUGCCCAGCUCUGGUGCAGCAAGAGGUAAAGCGGCGAUGGUGAUGGUUAUGGGCACCGGGCACCAAGCAGCUGCGGCAUCCACCUGAACCAGAGGGACCCCAAGCACCUUGGGACAUUCAGACUUCAUUUCAAACUUUGGUAUUUCCUUUGUAGAGAUCCCUUGGGGCAUUGAUGACAUUAAUGUUUAAUCCCUCCACGGCUGCCGAAGGGAUGGUCCCGGUGGCGUGGAGCAGCCGGUGCCAGGCUCCCUGCCUGCAUCUGGAGCGGUAUGGCCACAGGGCCGGAGCCACUGGCCCAAAGGGCGGCACGAGAGGUUGGGACAUGUCGGUUGGGAAAGGCGAGGGGCAUCUCCUGGGUGCCCCGCUCCAGCCCUUGAGCUGGAUGGUGCUGCCCCAUCUCCCAUCCCAGCCCCUGCUGCUCCCCACUCCUUUCCCAGCACCCCCCGGCCAGGCGGAGCAAGGGGCAGGGGGGGUCCCACUUAGAGAUGGGGUGGCUCAUGGGCAAACCUGGCACCUUCCCCCUUGGAGCACAAUGUUCCUAUAAGAAGCAAAUGGGGAAUGAAGCUCUCCCAGGGAUGAGUUCUCCGGGGCUGCCAAGGGAUGCAGGAGCUGCCAGAGGGGAACAGAGGUGUCCAGGCAGUGGGUCCGGCCCUGCUGGGAUGUUGGGAGGAGCAGGAUUUCCCUCAAUGCUCCCAUGGGACCACGCAGGUGGGUGUUUGCUGCCCUCAUCCGCCUGCUCCUGCCUCCCUCUCGAGGACUCAGAAGCUGCCGACCGGUCACUGUGAGGGGAGCAGGGAUGGAGGGAGACACCGCGGCUCCUCCGCCCUCUCCCCACUCCCACAGGAGCCUGAAUCUGCCCUACAAUGCCCCAAAGUCCCUUCUUGACACUUCCAGCAUUGGGCUGCAGGUUCCUGGUGUCAGUAGGUAGAGGCGAGGGUGCUGGUGGCCGGCGCGGGUCAGGGUUGGUGCCCACCUUCGGGUGCGCAGGGUCCAAGCGGCGACUCAGAGCAAAGCCAAGAGCAGACCCACACUCCUCCAGCCAAGCGUCUGAGAGCUGAGUUUGGUGGGUUUGCCCUUGUUUAAAACCAGCUGAAGCUAAACUGCCUUAAUUCACCAAGAGCACCAACCAAAGCUGCUUGAACAUCCCCUGCACCAGGCCAGACCCGGAUCCGGCUGCUGCCUGUGCUCCAGUGGGAGCCGUGGUUCAGAGCCGGCCGGGAGCAGCCCCUGUGCCCUUCCACAAGUGCCUACAUCCCCAGCACACACCAGGGGCUCUGCCACGCACAAGCACCUCAGCCCCAGCUCCAAACCAGGCGUCCCCUGUGCCCACAGCCCCACGGCAGCUCCCCACAAGCAACCAGGGGUUGUGGGGCCCCAGGACCGAAGCACUGCCCCACGCGGGCAUCGCUGUGGUGCCCGUCUGACCCAAUGUCUGUUUUGUUUAAGAGACCUUUUAUGUUCUUACUUUAUACGACAAUAAAGUUGGCUUUUACUUUGGAACCCGUG